AUGGAUCAACUUGCCACCAGUCCCGUUCCUCGGAUGAUUAAUGUAUUUGUCAACUUGGAGUUCAAGGUUGAUGGGAACAUUCGUUAUGGGAGUGCCGGGGUACGUAAGUAUCAAGUUGACCUCGGUCAGCUUACGGCAACUUCCGAGUGGUUCGCCGAAGCUGUUUGCAAACGUACUGGCAAGGACUACGUGGGUGUGAUCUGGCAUCAGGCAGAUGACUUCCAGAUUUAUAUGAUGUGGAUGAUGGAUCGCGUUCUACGAAGCAGGAGGACAAUUCGAGAACACAACGAGAGGCACAAUAUCUUACCCCCGACUGCUGAAAAACUUCGAAGUCUCCUUGCAGCUCCGGUUGGGCCAGCACGCUUGGUCGUUGAUCAGGAUCCAGAGCAAGCGAAAAGUCCCGCUAUAAGUGAUGAGCAAGAGCGCUUCGCAGCACUUAUGGACCUUUGGAUCCUGGCGUUACAUUUCAAAGACAACGUCUUCCGAGGGGUGGUGACCGGAGUGCUCAGGGACGAUCUGGAAGAUCUUUCGAUUGACCCACGACACUUCAUCGCAGCAAUCUCUCCAGAGCUUGUGGACGAAAUUUGGAAUUCCAACCAAACGAAAGCCAAACAAAAUGGCGUCGUGGGUCAGUACAUCGCCAGGAAUAUUGCGAGGUACGCUGAGCACAAAGUGAUGCAAAACUUUCUUAACUCGCCAAAAUAUCAGAACGCUUUUAAAGUGGCAUUACAACAUCACUUAAGGUUAUCCCUGCCAAUCCAAGCUGUCCCAGAGUUCUAUCCUAUCGUCCCGUGUCAUUUCGAUACGAUUCGGGAGCCAGUCGUGGUCAAGGACAAGCGAAGAAAGCGCAUUUUCCCUGGCCACCAUGCUUGGCAGGGCAUGGUUCACUCGAAUUUGGCAAGUAUCUACACCACCUGGAAUACUAGCGUCACGCUCACAGGAAUCGAAUGGCAAACCCUUGCUUACUGGACUGUAACAAGGGGUGAGGAUCCAGAUGUUCAGAAGUGA